UUCUGUGUAAUUUCACAGUCGCUGAAAAUGCCGAGCCCGGGGUGGGCCCGGGCAGCUACGGACCCCGGGCGUGCCGAGCAGUUCCGGGAGGGGCGCGGCCGUGCAGCCGCCUUAACGCGGGACCCCUCCGCCCGCCCCGCGGCCCCGCCGGGUUGAGUGGAGCCGCUGGAAGCGGAGGGCGGUUCCACCCAGUGACCCGGCAGCCGCGAACAGGUGGAAGCGGAGCAGAGUCUGUGCUUUCUCACCCUUCUAGGGGCCAAGAGUUAUGUUUUACGAGGAAGUAGGGUCACAGACGCACUGGGUGCGUCAGGGGCUGUGACAGCCUCACAGGGAGACCUGACACCGCAGAGGAGGGGUCGUGGCUGGCGGGGAGGCCAGGCCUGUUGCCGACGUCCUGGCCUGGUGGGUUGUGACCAUCGUAGGACUGGGGAGCUGCCUUCGCCAUUUCGUCUUCUCUUCUCACCCAUCCUCCCAGGCGAACGUUGAAUCCCACUAACAAACGGGGGUCGAGGCUCAGUGACUUGACCAACGUCUCCACUAGAAGGUGGCAGCACUGGGGGGUCCUUUCUCAAGCCCGUGCCAGCUGACACCUGUGGUGCCCACGUGUGUGACCCAAGAGCAAUUCCAGCAGGUGGCACAGGAGUGGCCUUAAGAGUAACCACUUCCUGUGAGUUGAAUCUUACGUCCUCACGGGGUUUGUUCCAGACGCUUGCUCUCCACAGCCCUGGCUGAGCCCCGGGCCUCCUCCCUGUAUCAGUGCAGAGACCAUGGCAAAGCUGCAGGGUUUCGAGUUCUGGAGCCGCACCCUGGGCGGGGCCCGCCACGUGGUGGCCCCCAUGGUGGACCAGAGUGAGCUGGCCUGGAGGCUGCUGAGCCGCCGCCACGGGGCACAGCUGUGCUACACUCCCAUGCUGCAUGCCCAGGUCUUUGUCCGCGAUGCCAACUACCGGAAGGAAAACCUGUACUGCGAAGUAUGCCCCGAGGACCGGCCCCUCAUCGUGCAGUUCUGUGCCAAUGACCCGGAGGUGUUUGUCCAGGCGGCUCUGCUGGCACAGGAUCACUGCGACGCCAUCGACCUGAACUUGGGCUGCCCGCAGAUGAUAGCCAAGAGAGGUCACUAUGGUGCCUUCCUGCAGGAAGAGUGGGACCUGCUCCAAAGAAUGAUUCUGCUGGCCCAUGAGAAACUCUCAGUUCCUGUCACGUGCAAAAUCCGUGUCUUCCCAGAGAUUGAGAAGACGGUGCGGUACGCCCAGAUGCUGGAGAAGGCCGGCUGCCAGUUGCUGACUGUGCACGGACGCACCAAGGAGCAGAGGGGGCCCCUGUCGGGUGCAGCGUCCUGGGAACACAUCAAGGCCGUGCGGAAGGCUGUGGCCAUCCCUGUGUUUGCCAACGGGAACAUCCAGUGCCUGCAGGACGUGGAGCGCUGCCUGCGGGACACGGGUGUGCAAGGGGUCAUGAGUGCAGGCCGCAGCCCUGCUGUGUGGGAGCUGGCGGAGGAGUACCUGGACCUCGUGCGCCAACACCCCUGCCCGCUGUCCUAUGUCCGGGCCCACCUCUUCAAGCUGUGGCACCACACGCUGCAGGUGCACCAGCAGCUUCGAGAGGAGCUCGCCAAAGUGAAGACCCUGGAAGGCAUCGCCGCUGUGAGCCGGGAGCUGAAGCUGCGCUGUCAGGAGGAGAUGUCCAGGCAGCAGGGAGAGAAGCCCGCCAGUGACCUACCGUUCUUCCACUGGAUCUGCCAGCCCUACAUCCGGCCAGGGCCCCGGGAGGGGAGCAGGAAUGCUGGGGCUUGCAGUAAGCGGGCCCUGGAGGAGGAGGAGGAGGGCAGCACGGAGGUCCUGUCCAAGAACAAGCAGAAGAAGCAGCUGAGGAACCCCCACAAGACCUUCGACCCAUCUCUGAAGCCAAAAUACGCAAAGUGUGACCAGUGUGGAAACCCAAAGGGCAACAGGUGCGUGUUCAAUCUGUGCCGCGGCUGCUGUAAGAAGCGGGCCUUUAAGGAGACCGCAGAUUGCCCAGGUCACGGAUUACUUUUUAAAACCAAAUUGGAGAAGUCUCUGGCGUGCAAAGGGUCCCAGCUUGGGCUGCAGGAGCCUCAGCAGGCUGGGCCUGGGACACCAGGUGGCUUCUCUGAAGUCGUGGGCAGUGCCCUGGCCUGAGGGCCAGCGGGACCUGCCCCCACCCCGGGACUGCUGCUGGAGCCUGGACACGUCCUGCUUAAGGAAACGCCUUUUUCUCAGGGAAUCUCCUGCUAUUUAACACGGAAGGACGUGCUGAUGUCCUCCCCUUGGCCCAGGCUGGGGCCUGGAAAUGCUGCAGCUGGGAGCAGGCCUCAGGCUGGACCUGCCCUGUCCUCACAACUUUGUGUUCUCAAAAAAUGGACAAUAAAUCAUUUCAAAGGUG